ACAUUGACGUUUCGUUCAGUCAGUGACGUUUCAACGUCAACCCAAAGCCUGCGGGCUUGUGAUAUUAUUUUUCAUAAAUACUGUAAAAACUGAUCAUACUAUGGAUUCCAACGAUAUUUUAGAUGACAAGGACAGUGGGCCGGAGGUCCAGAUCAAUUUCCCAAGCUCUGUGAUGACUCGGAUCGAAGAAAUGAUGGGAGGGACUGAACAAUUCGACAGCGCUGAAUUCGACGCGGUGGCGUACAUCAACCGCGUGUUCCCGACGGAGCAGUCGCUGUCGGGCGUGGAGUCGGCGGCGGCGCGCUGCGAGUUCCACCUGGCGGGCGUGGAGCACGACAUCCGCCGCCUCGUGCGCGCGCAGGCCGAGCAGCGCGACGCGGGGCAGCGGGCGCUGCUUGACGCACAGAGGUGUAUCGGGGAACUGGCGUUACAGGUAGCAGACAUAAACAAGAAAGCAGAGCGCAGCGAGAGCAUGGUGCGCGAGAUCACGUCGGAGAUCAAGCAGCUGGACUGCGCCAAGUCCAACCUGACGGCGGCCAUCACAGCACUGAACCACCUGCACAUGCUGGUGGGAGGCGUGGACGCGCUGCGGACCAUGACCACCAGCCGCCAGUACAAGGAGAUUGUGCUGCCCAUGCAGGCCAUCAUGGAGGUGCUGCAGCACUUCGAGGGCUACCAGUCGAUCCGCGAGCUGUCGGCGCUGCGCGACCAGGUCACCGCCAUCCGCGCGCAGCUCGCCGCGCAGAUACUCGCUGACUUCAAGGAGGCAUUCACCGCAGGCAGUAAAUCGAGCAUAUCGCACCGCACUCUGAGCGAGGCAUGCGGGGUGCUGGACAUCCUGGAGCCGAGGGUCAGGGCAGACCUGCUCAACUGGUUCCUGCAGGUGCAGCUGCAGGAGUACCAGCACCUGUUCUCAGCAGAGCAGGAGCAGGCGUGGGUGUCGCACGUGGAGCGGCGCUACGCGUGGCUCAAGCGGCACCUGCUGGCCUUCGAGGAGUCGCUGGCGGCGCUGUUCCCGCCCGCCUGGCGCCUCAGCGAGAGGAUCGCGCAGCACUUCUGUAAGAUAACUCGCAAUGACUUGGCGGCGCUGAUGGCGUCGCGACGCAGCGAGGUGGACGUGAAGCUGCUGCUGUACGCCAUACAGAAGACGUACAACUUCGAGUUACUGCUGCAUAAGCGUUUCACAGGAAUGGACCUGGGCGCGGAGGUGCCUGAAGUCAAUCUAGAGAAGCCGCCCGCGCUAGACGGAGAUGGAGAUAAUAAGGACGAGCCGGACGUGACGUCGCCGGCGGCGGGCGGGUCGGCGUGGGUGGGGCAGAUCGGCGCGUGCUUCGAGCCCUACCUGUCGCUGUACGUCAGCUCGCUCGACGCCAACCUCAGCGACCUCAUGGACAGGUUCACGCAGGACGCGAAGUCCGGCGUGGGCGGCGUGGGCGCCGGCAGCGGCGCGGGCGCGGUGAUCGCGUCGUGCGCAGACCUGUUCCUGUUCUACAAGAAGUGCCUCGUGCAGUGCGCCCGCCUCACCACCGGCGAGCCCAUGCUGGAGCUGGCGGGCGUGUUCCAGAAGUACCUGCGUCAGUACGCGACGAGCGUGCUGGCGGCGCUGCUGCCGCGCGGCGCGGCGCCCGGCCUGCUGCCCGCGCUCGGCCUCACCGCGCUGCUGCCCGGCCAGCCCGACCAGGACCGCGCCCGGUACACGAAGCAAGAGGUGGCUAAGAUCACGAGCGUGAUCACGACGGCGGAGUACUGCCUGGAGACUACCGUCCACUUGGAGCAGAAGCUGAAGGAGAAGGUGUCGCCGUCCCUCGCCGACAAGAUCGACAUGACGGCCGAGCAGGACCUGUUCCACAAGAUCAUCAGCGACUGCAUCCAGCUGCUGGUGGCGGACCUGGAGCUGGCGUGCGAGCCGGCGCUGCAGGCCAUGACCAAGAUCUCGUGGGUGCACUUCGACACGGUGGGCGACCAGAGCUCGUACGUCACGCAGAUCGUCAUGCACCUCAAGAACACGGUGCCCGAGCUGCGCGACUCGCUGGCCUCCUCGCGCAAGUACUUCACGCAGUUCUGCAUCCGCUUCGCGAACUCGUUCAUCCCGAAGUUCAUCCAGCACGUGUACCGCUGCAAGCCGCUGUCCACGGUGGGCUCGGAGCAGCUGCUGCUGGACACGCACAUGCUGAAGACGGCGCUGCUGGAGCUGCCGGGCGCGGGCUCGGCGGUGCGGCGGCCGGCGCCGGCGACGUACACCAAGGUGGUGAUCAAGCUCAUGACCAAGGCGGAGAUGAUCCUGAAGCUGGUGAUGGCGCCGCUGGGGUCGGGCGAGGCGUUCGCGGCGCAGUUCCUGGCGCUGCUGCCCGACGCGUCGCUGCAGGACUUCCACCGCGUGCUCGACAUGAAGGCGGCGCGGCUCAGCAAGGCGCAGCACGCCGCGCUCGACAAGAUGUUCCGCGACGCCACACGGGCGCAGAAUGACGACAAUAAGUAACCCGCCGUGUAUAUAAUGAUAUGUAUGGCGAUAAAAUGUAUGUAAUUAUAUAAAGCGAGUUCACACUCGAGGACUGUUUAAGUAAAAGAUAAUAUCGCCUCAUAGAAACGUAACUAGGCGAGUCUAAGCUUAGCUGUUCGGCUGUGCAAUCAAACAUUUAGGAUAUAAUAGAGUGCACAGCCAAUCUGCUAUGUCACGUACUUAAUGCUAGAGUUCCUAACACGGAGUAGUGAACUGAUAGAGUGUUUACAUGGUGAUGAAUGUAUUCUGAGAGUUAGUGAAAGGGUCAUAAUAGUGAGUUGGAUGUGUUCUCCAUCAGCUUAUUACUCUGUGGCGUUUGUAAACUAUGUCAUCUAAAAUAAGCCCACAUAAACAAAUGUAAAUUGAAAUUAUUAUGUAUUGAAUCCAAAAAGACCUCACGACUGAAAUAUCCUGUAAAUGGGCGUUAAAUUAUAAUUUUUUUGAAGUGUAAUGAAAAUAAUAUGUAUUGAAUAUCACAAAAUUACAAACUUCAUAAAAAAUGGUCUAAUAGGUAUAGAAAUGGACCUGUUACAAAAGGUGCUCAUAGUUGAAUAUAAUAUUUCGACGUAUGUAUAUGUAUUUCUGCUGUUAAGUAAAAUAAGGACCCUGGACAUGUUCGGAUCUGUUUCAAAUUAACUUUUUAUAUUGAUUGAAAACCUUUUGUACUAUAUUCGAUUUAAUUAACAUCUUUACAAUACUUAGUCUAAUUUUAUGUUAUAUUGAUUUAUUUUAAUUUUAUUAUUGGACCAGUGUGAAUGUGUGUGUGUGUGUGUGCGUAUGUAUGAAUGUGUGUGUGUUGUGUAUUUAUUGUAAGCUACGUGAUUAUGUCGACAUUCCACUAUGAAAUAAUGUUUUUGUUUAGUUUAUGUGCAAUAACGAUAUAAAGUCUACUAUAGAACUAAUACACAAUUAUGUUAACUGUA